GGUCCCGCAUCGUUCGCGACUCUCUCUCUCUCUUCUCCCUCUCUCCUCUCCGAAGUUGAUUCGUCGGUGACAAGACUCGCGGCAAAAAUGUCAGGAAAAGGCGCGAAAGGUUUGAUUAUGGGGAAAACCCCGGCUGGAAACAAGGACAAAGACAAGAAAAAACCCGUCUCUCGCUCCUCUCGUGCUGGUCUUCAGUUCCCUGUGGGUCGGAUUCAUCGUCUCCUGAAAUCAAGGGCCACAGCUAGCGGGAGAGUUGGUGCAACGGCUGCUGUGUAUUCUGCAGCCAUCUUAGAGUACUUGACUGCUGAAGUGUUGGAGUUGGCGGGUAACGCAAGCAAGGAUUUGAAGGUGAAGCGUAUCACUCCUCGGCAUUUGCAGCUUGCAAUACGGGGUGAUGAAGAACUUGACACCCUCAUUAAAGGAACCAUAGCCGGCGGUGGUGUAAUCCCACACAUCCACAAGUCACUCAUCAACAAGUCAUCAAAGGAGUAACUUCUUAAUGAUAAUCUGCUUUCAUGCCGUGUGCUGAAAUACUGGAUGUCAUGUAGUGAAUAGUAUUGGUUUACUAUUUUAGUUGUGUAGUAUGUAUAUUUUAGAUUUUCUAUUGGUGGCUAGUUGGUAUUUAAAAAAUAAAAAAAAUAAAAAAAGAAGAAGAAAAGCUGAUUGGGACAGCUAUCAUUCUCUGUUCUGUUAUUGAUCGCAUGGGUUGCAAAGUUGGUUUGGUGACGUAAUUGUAAUGAAUAUCUUGAACCCUAAUAUAUUUAUUUAUUAAUUUUCGUUA